CUUGAGUCGUUGUCAAGAUGAGCAUGUCGCGUGCGCUAUCACUUCCCCUGCGAAGGGUCUCUGUCUCCUCUCCUAGCCUACGCUUUUCACAGUCUGCUGCUAGAGCUUUCUCGAGCUCUUUACGGCGCGAUGAUACCUGGGGCUUCAUCGGACUAGGGCAAAUGGCCCCUCACCUGUUUUAAUUGUAUACCCGGGAUCUAACACAGUCUCCACAGGCUACGCCAUGGCCAAGAACCUGCGCGCCAAGAUCCCCGCUACUGACACGCUAAUCAUUCGCGAUGUCAACGAAAACACUGCUAAAAGAUUCGUGGAAGAGAACCAAGAGGCUGCCCGGAACAGUGGGGCCGGCGAAGACACCUCCAAGGUGCUUAUCGCCCAAAACGCGCGAGAAGUAGCAGAGCAAUCCACAGUGUUAAUCACCAGCCUUCCGGAACCCGAACACGUCAAGGACGUCUUCUACUGUAUCCUCCGCCACGGCCAACUCCCUGCAUUAGAAAAGGAGCGCUUAUUCAUCGACACCUCCACCAUCGACCCGGCUUCCUCGAAAGAAAUAGCGAAUGCAAUCCACACAACGCGCCAAGGGCGAUUCGUCGACGCCCCGAUGUCAGGUGGAGUGGUGGGUGCCCGCGCCGGUACGCUAUCGUUCAUGUUCGGGGCUUCAUCGCAGACCGGCCAGCUCGUGGAUCGCGUCCAGUCCGUCCUAAUGCUAAUGGGCAAAAAGGCCUGGCACAUGGGAGGCUCAGGAACAGGCGUCUCCGCCAAACUCGCCAACAACUAUCUCCUGGCCAUCAAUAAUAUCGCCACCGCCGAGGUGAUGAAUCUGGGAAUUCGUUGCGGCCUUGACCCCAAGGUUCUGGCGGAUAUGAUCAAUACAUCCACUGGCCGCUGCUGGCCGAUGGAGAUCAAUAACCCGGUUCCCGGCGUUGUUGAGACGGCUCCGGCGUCACGCGAAUAUGCGGGCGGGUUUGGCAUCAGUUUGAUGAAUAAAGAUCUUCGACUGGCGAUCUCUGCUGCGGAGGAGUCCGGUACUCCUCUCGCCUUGGCUGAUAUGGCUCGGGGCGUGUAUAAAGCGGUUGAAGACAAGCAUCGAGGUAAGGACUUUUCGGUGGUAUACAAGUGGCUGCAGGAGCAGUCAACCGCACAAUAGUGGCAGGUGAUGAUGAUCAGAUUGGAAUUAGUAUUCUUUAGUUUUCUUCUCUUUAGCGCGACAUUGUUUUCGAGAACCCUAUAUUAGUUUCCGCCUUGUUUCGUUUAUUCCAUUCUCUUUUGUAUUCUUUCUAUGGGGCGAAAUAUCUAGUAGAGUUAAAAUAGCAUUUGGGGGCAAUUGAAAAUGUAUAACGAAAUUUAUAAUUAUCUGUUCCCUUCAGUUCGACUGAAA